AUGGGCGACAUGGCAAACAACUCAGUUGCAUAUGGUGGAGUAAAAAACUCUUUGAAGGAAGCUAAUCAUGAUGGAGACUUUGGAAUUACGCUCGCGGAGCUGCGGGCCCUCAUGGAGCUCAGGUCUACAGAUGCAUUACGAAAAAUACAGGAAAGCUAUGGCGACGUCUAUGGAAUUUGCACCAGGUUGAAAACAUCUCCCAAUGAAGGUUUAAGUGGAAACCCUGCAGAUAUAGAGAGAAGAGAAGCAGUGUUUGGAAAGAAUUUUAUACCUCCUAAAAAGCCAAAAACCUUUCUUCAGUUAGUAUGGGAAGCAUUACAAGAUGUCACUUUAAUUAUAUUAGAAAUUGCAGCCCUAGUAUCAUUGGGCCUUUCUUUUUAUCAACCUCCAGAAGGGGAUAAUGCACUUUGUGGACAAGUUUCUGUUGGCGAGGAAGAAGGUGAAGGUGAAACCGGUUGGAUUGAAGGCGCUGCAAUCCUCUUGUCAGUGGUGUGCGUGGUGUUAGUAACCGCUUUCAAUGACUGGAGUAAGGAAAAACAGUUUAGAGGUUUGCAGAGUCGAAUUGAGCAAGAACAGAAGUUCACAGUCAUCAGGGGUGGUCAGGUCAUUCAGAUACCUGUAGCUGACAUUACCGUUGGAGAUAUUGCUCAAGUGAAAUAUGGUGAUCUUCUUCCAGCUGAUGGCAUACUUAUUCAAGGCAAUGAUCUUAAAAUUGAUGAAAGCUCAUUGACUGGAGAAUCUGACCAUGUCAAGAAGUCUUUAGAUAAGGAUCCCUUACUUCUAUCAGGUACUCAUGUAAUGGAAGGCUCUGGAAGAAUGGUAGUUACUGCUGUAGGUGUAAAUUCUCAAACUGGAAUUAUCUUUACCUUACUUGGAGCUGGAGGCGAAGAGGAAGAGAAGAAAGAUGAGAAGAAAAAGGAAAAGAAAAAUAAGAAACAAGAUGGAGCUAUUGAGAAUCGCAACAAAGCAAAAGCCCAGGAUGGUGCAGCCAUGGAAAUGCAGCCUUUGAAGAGUGAAGAAGGUGGAGACGGUGAUGAAAAAGACAAAAAGAAAGCAAAUUUGCCAAAAAAGGAAAAGUCUGUUUUACAAGGGAAACUUACAAAGUUGGCUGUUCAGAUUGGCAAAGCAGGUUUGUUGAUGUCUGCCAUCACAGUUAUCAUUCUAGUAUUAUAUUUUGUAAUUGAUACAUUCUGGGUUCAGAAGAGGCAGUGGCUCGCUGAGUGUACACCAAUUUACAUCCAAUAUUUUGUGAAGUUCUUCAUCAUUGGAGUUACGGUUUUAGUGGUAGCUGUACCAGAAGGGCUUCCGCUUGCAGUCACUAUCUCCCUGGCUUAUUCAGUCAAGAAAAUGAUGAAGGAUAAUAACUUAGUACGGCAUCUGGAUGCUUGUGAAACCAUGGGAAAUGCUACAGCUAUUUGUUCAGAUAAAACAGGAACAUUGACAAUGAACAGAAUGACAGUUGUUCAAGCUUACAUAAAUGAAAAACAUUAUAAAAAGGUUCCUGAACCAGAAGCUAUUCCACCAAAUAUUUUGUCCUAUCUUGUAACAGGAAUUUCUGUGAAUUGUGCUUAUACAUCAAAAAUAUUGCCACCAGAGAAAGAGGGUGGAUUACCUCGUCAUGUUGGUAAUAAAACUGAAUGUGCCUUGUUGGGACUUCUUUUGGAUUUAAAACGGGAUUAUCAGGAUGUUAGAAAUGAAAUACCAGAAGAAGCACUGUACAAAGUCUACACCUUCAAUUCUGUUAGGAAGUCCAUGAGUACUGUCCUGAAAAAUUCAGAUGGAAGUUUUCGAAUAUUCAGCAAGGGUGCAUCUGAGAUAAUUCUGAAAAAGUGUUUCAAAAUCUUGAGUGCUAAUGGUGAGGCAAAAGUAUUCAGACCAAGGGACCGUGAUGAUAUUGUAAAAACUGUGAUUGAACCGAUGGCAUCAGAAGGCUUGAGAACCAUAUGUCUUGCAUUCAGAGAUUUCCCAGCAGGAGAACCAGAACCAGAGUGGGAUAAUGAAAAUGAUAUUGUCACCGGCCUUACAUGCAUUGCUGUUGUGGGGAUUGAAGAUCCUGUGAGACCUGAGGUACCAGAUGCAAUAAAGAAAUGUCAGAGGGCUGGAAUUACUGUGCGGAUGGUCACUGGUGAUAAUAUUAAUACUGCCCGGGCUAUUGCUACCAAGUGUGGCAUUUUACAUCCUGGGGAAGAUUUCCUGUGCCUAGAAGGUAAAGAUUUCAAUAGAAGAAUACGAAAUGAAAAAGGAGAGAUUGAGCAAGAGCGGAUAGACAAGAUUUGGCCAAAGCUUCGAGUACUUGCGAGAUCAUCUCCUACUGAUAAACAUACACUGGUUAAAGGUAUAAUUGACAGCACUGUCUCAGAACAACGUCAGGUUGUAGCUGUAACUGGUGAUGGUACAAAUGAUGGCCCAGCACUAAAGAAAGCGGAUGUUGGGUUUGCAAUGGGUAUCGCUGGAACUGACGUCGCUAAAGAGGCAUCUGAUAUUAUUCUCACAGAUGACAACUUUACAAGCAUUGUUAAAGCAGUUAUGUGGGGACGAAAUGUUUACGACAGCAUCUCCAAAUUCCUUCAGUUCCAGCUGACUGUGAACGUUGUGGCCGUGAUCGUCGCCUUCACGGGCGCGUGCAUCACCCAAGAUUCACCACUUAAGGCUGUGCAGAUGCUGUGGGUAAACCUCAUAAUGGAUACACUCGCUUCCCUGGCUCUGGCAACUGAGCCCCCCACGGAGUCCCUCUUGCUUCGGAAACCUUACGGUAGAAACAAGCCUCUCAUCUCACGCACAAUGAUGAAGAAUAUUUUGGGCCAUGCAUUCUAUCAACUUGUCGUCGUCUUUACACUCUUGUUUGCUGGAGAAAAGUUUUUUGAUAUUGAUAGCGGAAGAAAUGCUCCUUUGCAUGCUCCUCCUUCGGAACAUUAUACUAUUGUUUUUAAUACAUUUGUACUGAUGCAACUUUUCAACGAAAUAAAUGCCCGGAAAAUUCACGGUGAAAGAAAUGUGUUUGAAGGAAUCUUUAAUAAUGCCAUCUUCUGCACAAUUGUUUUAGGCACUUUUGUGGUACAGAUAUUAAUCGUGCAGUUUGGUGGCAAGCCUUUCAGUUGUUCAGAACUUUCAAUAGAGCAGUGGCUAUGGUCAAUAUUCCUAGGGAUGGGAACGUUGCUCUGGGGCCAGCUUAUUUCAACUAUUCCAACUAGCCGUUUAAAAUUCCUAAAAGAAGCUGGUCAUGGAACACAGAAGGAAGAAAUCCCUGAGGAGGAGUUGGCAGAGGACGUGGAAGAGAUCGAUCACGCUGAAAGGGAGUUGCGGCGUGGCCAGAUCUUGUGGUUUAGAGGUCUGAACAGAAUCCAGACGCAGAUGGAUGUAGUGAAUGCUUUCCAGAGUGGAAGUUCCAUUCAGGGGGCUCUAAGGCGGCAACCCUCCAUCGCCAGCCAGCAUCAUGAUAUUCGAGUGGUGAAUGCAUUUCGUAGUUCUUUAUAUGAAGGGUUAGAAAAACCGGAAUCAAGAAGUUCGAUUCACAACUUUAUGACACAUCCUGAGUUUAGGAUAGAAGAUUCAGAGCCUCAUAUCCCCCUUAUCGAUGACACUGAUGCUGAAGAUGAUGCUCCUACAAAACGUAACUCCAGUCCUCCACCCUCCCCCAACAAAAAUAACAAUGCUGUUGACAGCGGGAUUCACCUUACCAUAGAAAUGAACAAGUCUGCUACCUCUUCAUCCCCAGGAAGCCCACUACAUAGUUUGGAAACAUCACUCUGAUUGUAAGCUGAAUGUUAACACACUAGCUGCAUUGUAAAGAAACAAAUUGAAACUGGGUCUUUUCACACAUUGUGACGGACAAGAUCGUAUUCUUGUCUUUGGACUUCAACAGAAGACACACUUGUACGAAUGUAGAUUUAUUUUUUUAAAAAAAAGCAAAGCUUUCUGCCAGACUGAGGGUGCUUUUUGGGGGGUGGGAGAAAUGAACUGACAGAUAAACAGUAACUCAGCGUAAGUUGACCUGUGGAUCAUCAGUGGUACCUAGGAAUGGUCCUGAACAGUGUAAUGUAGACCUUUAGUUUAUCUCCAUCCUUGAUGGGAGAGAGUUAGGAGGAAAGCCGGGCAAGCAGGCAAAGAGCCCUGGAUCAUUGAAUCGAUACUUUAAUUUCUGCUGUUGGCUGUUAAUAAUUUGGAUUAUUUAUGUUUAUAAAUGAUACAGAUCUGUUUACAAGGUUUGUAGAUACUUUUUUUGUUCCUGUUCAUAGAUGGGAAGCUUCCUUAUAACUGAUGCAGAGAAAAAUUAGUCCUUCAAAUACUGCUGUAUUUUCAGGAAAAAAAAGGGGGGGGUGUUUCUAUUGAAACUGUACUAAAUUUUUGCCUACAAUUUACCUUGUUAAAUAUUGUAGAUAAAUUGCUAAUACUAAUAGCCAAAUAGAUAACACUAAUGCUUUGUUUAAAAAAACAAAAAAAAGAAAACAAAACAAAAAAACAUGAGCAGUGGUGUUCUAAUGAAGUUAUGGCAUCUGUCCUAAUUAGUUUCUUAAAUACAUUUACUACUUAAUGGUUUUGAAAGAACUGUUUAAUUUUUAAAAUUUUUGAAAACUUGCUAAUAACCUUUGUUCAGAAUUUAGUAGAUUGUUUAAUGCGGGACAUCAACUACAUAAUGAAAGAUGCUUGAAAUGCUUUUGUUAUUUCAGGCAAAUCAAAUUAAAUCAAACUAUCAAACUACAAGAGAACCUUAGUCCUUUUUGUUUUUGUCUAAACAUGUUAGUUCAGUGAUGUCUUGGCGAACUGUGAGUGAACUGUAUUGAUUUUUCUGAUAAAUCCUUAGGACCCUUCAUGCAGCAUGAGGGCUGUUGGCAUUUUGAAAAAGGUUAAUAAGUAGAAGCAUUCAUGUUUUCCUUUUGUUUUUGAAACUUGUUUGUAAACAUAAAUAAAUAUGCCCUUUUAUUGAAUAAAUACAUGGCACUGUUUUUUUAAAAAGAAAUUUCAGCUUCUUUCCUCAAUUCUGCAUAUAUGGUACAUCAGUCUGUUCCCUUUAACCGUAAUUGGAGUAAAUUUCAAGAUGGUAACAGCCCCAUGAAGUGCCGCUGUAAUUCCUUGGUGGUAAUCUAAUAGAACCAUACCAAGAAAAUCACCAUCUGACAUAUUCUGCAGAGAAUUUAGUUUGCCUAAAAUAGUCUCAGUUUAAAAAACAAAAAUGACCACCAUUGUCUUCGAUACAUUUAUUUUACUUCUUAAGUGGCCAAAUAACACAUUAGGUAAAAUGAGAUUAUAUGAAAAGGUGGAAAAGUUCCUAAAAAAAAUAUUUAGAUGUAUUAACGGUAUGCUCGAAUGCCCAUCUCUAAGCCAAUUGGAUUCUUUAAGUCUUUGUUUCUUCCUUUUGUCUAUCUCCUCCCCUUUUUUGCCUCUGUCUUUACCUUUUAGGAACUGGCAUUGUAUUAGGGCCCAGAUUUCACCAGAUACACAAUCCUCAGGCUGACGUAAAGUUUACGAGGACUACUCUGACAUCUGAGAGUGCUGACCCAGCAGGAAACAUUUAGUUGACGGUGCUUGAUAUUUUUGGUGGGUGGGGGAAAACCUUUUUCUCUCCAUCAGUCCUUUGCAGUAAUCCUCUGCAAGUAUUAGAAAUACAUUGGCUCUGUCAGCAUUUGUAGUUGUACAUUUAUUCAUCAGGUAUUUAUAGCAAAUCAUACUGUAAAAAGAGGUAGCAUGAUAUGCUGGAAGGCGUACAAGGCUAGGAGUCAAGACCUGGUUUCUAGUCUUGGUUUUGCCAUUAACGUGCUGCAUGACCUUGGGAAAAUCAUUUACCCUAAACAAGGGUGGUGGACUAGACUAUCUCGAAGAACCCUUUCAACUCUAAAAUUGACCCUAUCAACUGGAGAGCCUGCAAGGCAUAGGGAAUAGAGAAAAGGGAAAUGUUUUCAGUUUUCUUUUUUAUUUUGGUUAUGCUUAAAUAUGAAUGUAAUUACCAAAAGAUUUAGAAGUGCAUGUGCUUUGGAGGAUUUGUAUUGAGCUUUUACAGUAUUCAUUUUUCAACUCAAGGCAAUGGCUUUUUACACCAACUCUAAUCCAUAAACGGGUCUUAAGACAUCCAUGAAGUAGUAGCAAGACAUGCUUAGUGUGUAUAUCUCUCUUUGAGACACUGUAAUUUCUACCAGAAAUUUCCAGAGCAUUAUGUAAGUAGAAAAAAAUGCAAGCAAGCUGUUAAAGAUCUUGGAUCCCAUAUAUAAUAUGUAUAGCGGAAAUCAGCAUCUGUAAUUCAAUCACUUUUUCUCUUUUAUCCUCUAACCAAAAAAUUGUUUAAUUUUGCAUCCCAAAUGUUUUUAAUCUUUGUAUAUUUUUUAAAAAUCUUUUUCUCCUCAUCAUUGCCUUUUUUGUGGUUGUAAAUAGACUUACUUGCACUUUGAAGAUGAGUUACUCCUUGUCAUCUUACAAAUAUGUGAUAUGGUAAUUUUCAUAACAGAUGUCAGUUUUGAACCAAGAAAUGGUGAUUUGUUUAUAAGAAAAAAAAACUGGCUUCAUUUCUGUGAAAUUGCUCUUUGAAAAUUUCUUUUUACACGUGUAAGCCAACUGAGAUACCGUGAUGGUGUUGAUUUCUUUCAAUGAUGCUUACCAUCUAUUUUAGCCACUGAGCCUUUUAUUAUUUGUCUAUUUGUAAAGUUUAUUUGUCUUAACUCAUUUAAUAAAUAUACUGUUUAUCUGU